GAGUCGGAAGCUGGGCCUCUUCGGUCACUGAGAAUCUCUAGGACUGUCCCUGCUGGCUGUUCAGGCUCUGCCCCUCCCCCUAGGUCUGCAUGGAGAAUACUUUAAAGUGAAAUGACAGACCAAGAGAAUAACAACAACAUCUCAAGUAACCCCUUUGCUGCUCUUUUUGGCUCCCUGGCUGAUGCCAAGCAGUUUGCCGCAAUCCAAAAAGAGCAGCUGAAGCAGCAAUCUGAUGAACCCCCAGCUAGCCCAGAUGACUCAGAUAAUAGUGUGUCAGAAAGCCUGGAUGAAUUUGACUACUCUGUGGCUGAGAUUAGCCGCUCAUUCCGUUCACAGCAGGAAAUAUGUGAGCAACUCAACAUCAAUCACAUGAUCCAAAGGAUCUUCCUCAUUACUCUGGACAACAGUGACCCAAGCUUGAAAAGUGGGAAUGGCAUCCCCAGCCGUUGUGUAUAUUUGGAAGAAAUGGCAGUAGACCUGGAUGAUCAAGACUGGCUUGAUAUGAACAACAUCGAGCAGGCCCUCUUCUCUCGCUUACUACUGCAAGAUCCAGGCAACCACUUGAUUAACAUGACUUCUUCUACAACGUUGAAUCUCUCUGCUGAUAGAGAUGCAGGGGAGAGGCACAUUUUUCGUUACCUUUAUUCCUGCUUCCAAAGAGCCAAGGAGGAGAUAACCAAAGUGCCAGAGAAUCUGCUACCUUUUGCAGUACAGUGCAGGAACCUCACUGUGUCUAAUACCCGAACAGUUCUCCUCACCCCAGAGAUCUAUGUUGACCAAAACAUCCAUGAACAACUGGUAGAUUUGCUGUUAGAAGCCAUCCAAGGAGCCCAUUUUGAAGAUGUUACUGAAUUUCUGGAAGAGGUCAUUGAAGCCUUGACAAUGGAUGAAGAAGUUCGAACUUUUCCAGAAGUCAUGAUCCCUGUGUUUGAUAUUUUAUUGGGCCGAGUAAAAGAUCUAGAACUCUGUCAGAUCCUACUGUAUGCAUAUCUGGAUAUUCUUCUCUAUUUCACUAGGCAAAAAGAUAUGGCAAAGGUUUUUGUAGAAUACAUUCAGCCCAAGGACCCUAGCAAUGGGCAUAUGUACCAGAAGACCUUGCUGGGAGUAAUUCUGAGUAUCUCCUGCUUGUUAAAGACUCCGGGUGUGGUAGAAAAUCAUGGCUAUUUCCUGAAUCCAUCUCGUUCCAGUCCCCAGGAGAUCAAAGUACAGGAGGCCAACAUCCAUCAGUUCAUGGCUCAGUUCCAUGAAAAGAUCUACCAGAUGCUGAAGAACUUACUCCAGCUCUCUCCAGAAACCAAACACUGUAUCUUGUCCUGGCUUGGAAACUGUUUGCAUGCAAAUGCAGGCCGCACCAAGAUUUGGGCCAAUCAGAUGCCAGAAAUCUUCUUGCAAAUGUAUGCCUCGGAUGCCUUCUUUCUGAAUCUGGGUGCUGCUCUUCUGAAGCUGUGCCAGCCAUUUUGCAAACCCAGAUCCUCUCGGCUCCUCACCUUUAAUCCCACUUACUGUGUCCUGAAGGAGUUGAAUGAUGAAGAACGAAAAAUAAAAAAUGUACACAUGAGAGGUUUGGACAAAGAAACUUGCUUGAUCCCAGCUGUGCAAGAGCCAGAGUUUCCCCAGAACUACAACCUUGUAACGGAGAACCUUGUGCUGACAGAGUACACCUUGUACUUGGGAUUUCACAGGUUGCAUGAUCAGAUGGUAAAAAUCAACCAAAAUCUGCAUCGGCUGCAGGUUGCCUGGCGAGAUGCUCAACAAAGUUCUAGCCCUGCUGCUGACAACCUUCGUGAGCAGUUUGAACGACUGAUGACCAUUUAUCUUUCUACUAAGACUGCCAUGACUGAGCCUCAGAUGUUACAAAACUGCCUGAACUUGCAGGUGUCCAUGGCUGUUCUUCUGGUCCAGCUGGCCAUAGGCAAUGAGGGCUCACAGCCAAUAGAGCUAACUUUUCCUUUGCCAGAUGGCUACAGCUCUUUGGCUUAUGUGCCAGAAUUUUUUGCAGAUAACCUGGGUGAUUUUCUCAUUUUUCUCCGCCGCUUUGCCGAUGACAUCUUGGAGACAUCAGCAGAUUCCCUGGAGCAUGUCCUUCACUUUAUCACCAUUUUCACUGGAAGCAUAGAAAGAAUGAAGAAUCCCCAUCUAAGGGCCAAACUUGCUGAGGUGUUAGAAGCAGUGAUGCCCCACUUGGAUCAGACCCCAAAUCCGUUGGUGUCCAGUGUAUUCCACCGGAAACGUGUGUUCUGCAACUUUCCACAUGCACCCCAACUUGCAGAAGCUCUGAUUAAGGUCUUUGUGGACAUUGAGUUUACAGGAGACCCUCAUCAAUUUGAACAGAAGUUUAAUUAUCGCCGUCCCAUGUAUCCCAUCCUAAGAUAUAUGUGGGGAACAGAGACCUAUCGGGAGAGCAUAAAGGAUCUGGCUGACUAUGCUUCUAAGAAUUUAGAAGCCAUGAAUCCCCCACUUUUCCUCCGCUUUCUUAACCUGCUAAUGAAUGAUGCCAUCUUCCUUUUGGAUGAAGCCAUACAGUAUUUGAGCAAGAUAAAGAUUCAACAGAUUGAGAAGGACCGAGGUGAAUGGGAUAGCCUGACGCCUGAAGCUCGCCGAGAGAAGGAAGCUGGCUUACAGAUGUUUGGACAGCUGGCACGUUUCCAUAACAUCAUGUCCAAUGAAACAAUCGGUACACUUGCCUUUCUGACAUCAGAGAUCAAGUCACUCUUUGUGCACCCCUUCCUGGCUGAGCGCAUCAUCUCCAUGCUGAACUACUUCCUACAGCACCUGGUUGGCCCCAAGAUGGGGGCCUUAAAAGUCAAGGACUUCAGUGAAUUUGACUUCAAACCCCAGCAACUUGUUUCAGAUAUAUGCACAAUCUACUUAAAUCUUGGGGAUGAGGAGAAUUUCUGUGCCACUGUGCCCAAAGAUGGACGGUCCUAUUCCCCAACUCUCUUUGCACAGACGGUCCGAGUCCUGAAGAAGAUAAAUAAGCCUGGAAAUAUGAUCGUGGCUUUCAGCAAUUUGGCAGAGAAAAUUAAGUCUCUUGCAGACCUCCAACAACAGGAAGAGGAGACAUAUGCAGAUGCCUGUGAUGAAUUCCUUGAUCCCAUCAUGAGCACACUGAUGUCUGACCCUGUGGUGCUGCCAUCUUCCAGAGUCACAGUGGAUAGGUCCACCAUUGCCAGACAUUUGCUCAGUGACCAAACAGAUCCCUUUAACCGUAGUCCCCUCACCAUGGACCAGAUCCGGCCAAACACAGAACUAAAGGAAAAAAUCCAACGAUGGCUUGCAGAGAGGAAACAACAAAAGGAGCAACUUGAAUAA